GUGCCGGUUCAUGCCUAUCCGUAUCAAACUACUUGCUACGCUAGGGGCCUCGUUUCUGAUGUUCUCGAUCCCGAUAGUAUUCCACUCCAUUGGUGACCAGCCUGAUGGCGAUCCCCUUGGCGUGAUCUUGUUGCUCUUCCUAUUGCUGUGAUUCUGAUCUUGUAACCAUUUGGCUCACGAUCUUGGCGGGCCUCUUGAUUGAGAUCCACCCUGAGCCGUUUCACGUUGUAGCUGCUUUAGCCAUUAUCAUUCUGCCCAACACUAAAACUGCUAGGAGGACUUCUCCUAGGUUGGCGACGAGAGAGAAAUCAGCAAGAUGCGGCGUUCUGGUGUGGUGCAGCACCUUUGGUUGCUCUUUAUGCCCCCAGGGUCGUCUGUUAUGGCAGAAAUUAUCGAGGGUGGUGGUGUAUUUGACGAGAUGCUCCACCAGGAGACCUCGCAGGUGGAGCCAGUGUUGUCCACCUCUGCUCGCGAGCAUGGUGACCACGAUCAAGGACAAGGUAAGUACAUUUUAAAUACACAUAUACAUAGUAAGUAGUAUACCACGAGCAUUAAUAUAAAUAUAGUCGUGUCAUCAGUUUCAUCUACGGUCUUCAAUUAUAUGUAAGAGCGUCGCUGACGCCUGACGGAAUAUUAGUCGUACUUUUGAAGGUGCUAGGAAAGAGAUAGAUGAUAAUCUUGAAGAUAAUGCUAAAGAUUCUGAUUCCUAGAAAUCCACCUAGACGACUUGUUUAAUAUCCUCUCGACAUCCAACAUAAAUACUAGGCUCGAAAGUGUUGACCACGCCUGCCGAGGUUCGAAAUAGUCGUGUGGCACAUGGCGAUGCUUCGCACCAUGAGUCUCGAAUUCCAGCAGCAGAGUUCAUCGCAAGUGACGACGGUGGUCAUGCUGAGACAAAUGCUGUUUUUCCUGAAGAACACCCAUCAGCGGAGUUUGUCGCGAGUGAACCCGGGGGGAAGUCCACGAGUUCUUUUGUCGAAGAGCAGAAACCACUUUACUCAAUUACAGAGCUCCAUUACUUUGAAAUUGGUACAUUAAAUCGAAAUCCUUCAUAGAUUUGUGGAAAUAUUUCACUACUACAACAAGAAUUCAUAUUAUUUGUGGACCAGAUCGAAGAACAACAUUCUUAUCGGCAUGAUCUUCUCCAUUUAUCAUCAAAAUCUACACAACCUUAGUUAUUAGUUGCCUCUGCAUCAUCGCUUUCGCUUCCCCAGGUGCUGCGGUUAAUGUGAGAGAUGUGGCUUUCACGUUUUUGCAACUGAACACGCUCGCUGCAUUUCUGCCGCGCCUUGACGAAGAAGUGCGCGGGCUUCUGUUCUCUACCCAGUCGACGUUUGGCCACACUUUUCUUCCGCACCUCAUCACGUCGCGACCGGACUUACUACACUUGUCGCCCGACGCGCUACGUCGAAGACUCCCUAGCUCUCAGGGCUCGCUGACAAGGGGAGUCAUCGACUGGGACGAGUUGACAUUAAGGGUCUUAACAAAAUUUGACAUGUGAUGAAUGAUAGAUGGAUCUCCACUUCUUAUCCAUAGGUAAGUACGUAGGUCGACGGUCGUGGUUGUCUGUGUCUCCCUCGAAUGGUUUUCUCUUUUAUCCUGAAGAACGAACUGAGAAGAUGAAGAUGAGCAUGAACUCAAGAGAUAGACUCAAAAGAUGAACAACUUUUCUUUGCGAGAUCUCUAAACCAAUCUGCUCUCCGCAUGAAUUCACCGGAUUUGCGUACCCUAUUGAAUCUCUUUGGGCCUCGCUAUCGUUCGAAUAUGUUGAAGAACUUGACGUCGAUGGAGCCCUCCUGUAAUACCACAUCCGCUGAUGACGAUUAUGAAGAUGGUACUAUAUUUUUUGUUCUAUUUUUUUCGAGGUUGAUGUUCUAUUUUCGAGCAGCAUAAGCAUAGUUUUAUUUUUCGACUUCCAGAUUGUUCUGUUUUAUUAAUUUGAAGCAAAGUUCCAACAUACCCUCAUUAAACUCGAGGUGCGGACAUUACGACGAGUACGCCUCCAUGUUCAAAUGGAAGUUACUUGUUUGAUGAGGAGGGAGCGCCCUUGACCAGCCUUGAUGACUCAAUUCUUCCCGCAAGUUCUUACUUCGAACUACAUCAAACUACAAGAGCUACUACAUCUACAACUACUGCGGGAGCGGGAAAAACGAGCAGGGCUGAAACUGAAAAGAAGAGUAAGAAUGCGCAGCAUUAUAGUCCGCCAUUAAAACCCAAAGCAUUUAGUUGCGGCUCAACAGAUUCGCCGGAAUUGAACAUCAACAUCUUGUCCACUAUUUGUAAGAAAUGCAUUUUGGGCCCGUGGGACGAGCAGAAGCGUCAGCACAACUACAGGGACGCCACGCAGGCGUCACAAAAGGCACUUUUUUGCGCAAGUGGGCCAAAAGGAGGUCUCCCAAUGGGUUGCGUUGGUCCUGGGAAACCGCUUCCCCACUGGACGGGGGACUAUUCUUGCAUAGGCAUAGGGGCAAGUCUUCGAACAUCCCUCAGACGAGACUUCUUCAAGAAGACCGACCAGCCGAACGUACACACAGAACUUGGAGGUGGAAAGCAUUCUAGUAGCAAGCUCGAGGGCGAACUUCUGUGGUCAUUUAGCUGGGAUGCGUUCUGCGACAAAAGAAAAUUGCUACUAACUGACGUGGAGUUGACAACAAAAGAGGAACAGAAGUCACAGGGGCCUCCUGAAAAAGAAUUCAACCUUAUAGCAUGGCUCGACACUAUGUAUGAACGUGCAAGACCGAAAACCGCCGCGAUGCUACAAGAAGAACUUCGCGCUAUCGAUAUGUCCAGACUUGUUCGCAAAGCCCCUGACGGCGUGUCCUCAUCCUCAACACCAAAAACGGGAGCAACACAACUCACACUGACGUGUCCAGCAGAAACACAAGAAGAAGUAGAAGUAGAAGUGUCUUCAAAACCAGAACCAGAAGGAGCAUCUGUCAGAACAGCUCGCUUUAGCUCGGUAAGUGGAGGAGAUAGCAUCGAACUCUUCUUCUGGCCUCACCGGAUCAAAGCCAAAGCUAAACCAGCUGAACUAGGAGAAAAAUCGCAGAACCGUGCUCCUGAAGUUCCGCAGAAGGUCCUGGUCGUUCCUAAGCAGACUCUCCAGGAUAUCAGAAUGAAGAGUUCUCAGAUUCACAUCAAGGUCGUCGAUUUUCUUAGACUAGUCUACUACGGAAUCAUAGUACUCGAAGCGCAGCUGAGCCAGAUCACCAUAGAAGCGGGAGUAACAGUACCAAUAGGUGACAGCGCCGGCUUUGAGAAUGAUGCUUUCCCUACAUUUUCGGAGAUGAGAAGAGCCUCCAAUGGCGAGUUGCAUGGCUCUUUCCCCGAGCAGAAUCAAAGAGAGCUGAUCCUGACUCCAUUGAAAAACAUAGUCUAUUCGCACAAGAAGAACUUGAGGAUAGAGGAUAUCUGGCUGGAGAAACUGAAUACGGAGUCGUGGUAGGUAGAGGUAGUCGCACCACGAAAUAAGUGAGAGAGAAUUUUGGGAGAAAGUCGCUGACCACUUCAACACUGAUGAUGAUAUUGCAGCACAAGUGGUUUAGAUCAGCGAUCGCAUCAUCAAAGGCAAACAAGCCAAGGGGAUGGACGACGGUUCGUUUAAGAAGUUUUGUACGUCUAACAUUUAUUGUCCAACGAUGCCUUAGGAUACACACAGUCUUACCUUUUUCUUAUGUUGAAUAUGAUGCACACCGUCCAUUCAAACUCUUAUUCAACAUCAUCGAUCUCCACGAAAAAGCAAAAUUAAUAAAUAUUUCAUUUGUAACUACUACUUAAUCGACCUUCUAAGGAACACUUCUGACUCGGAAAAAACAAGGAAGAUUUUUAACACGAAGACGUUCUCUUACACCAGUUCAAGACACAAGGAUUGCGAUUGGUUAUUCGUGUGUUGCUGUGGUGCCGCAGAUCUGCUGAAUGAUGUUCGCCGCACGAGCUGUAGAAGAUCAAGACGUUAGUAGAUUUUUAGGAGCCAGUGGCAGUGAGUUGUGAAGAUGUAGUGGUCGUGCCCCAUACAAACACGGUGGUGUCACCUCUUAUUUUGAAAGGAUG